AUGAAUGACAAUGGAAAAAACGCAAGUUCUGAAGGCUACUUUAUUCUACUGGGUUUUUCUAAUUGGCCUCAUCUGGAAGUGGUUCUCUUUGUGGUUAUCUUGAUAUUCUACUUGAUGACACUAAUUGGCAAUCUGUUCAUCAUUAUCCUGUUGUACUUGGACUCCCAUCUUCAUACUCCCAUGUACUUUUUCCUUUCAAAUCUCUCUCUUCUGGACCUCUGCUAUACCACUAGCUCCAUCCCUCAGUUGCUGAUCAACCUCUGGGGUCCUGAGAAGACCAUCUCUUAUGUUGGUUGCAUGAUUCAACUCUACUUUGUCCUUGCACUGGGAAUCACAGAGUGUGUCCUACUGGUGGUGAUGUCCUAUGACCGUUAUGAAGCUGUGUGUAGACCCUUGCAUUACACUGUCCUCAUGCACCCUCGUUUUUGCCACCAAUUGGCUGUGGCUUCUUGGGUAAGUGGCUUCACUGGCUCAGCACUUCAUUCCUCCUUUACCUUCCGGGUUCCUUUGUGUGGACAUCGCCAGGUGGAUCACUUUUUCUGUGAAGUUCCAGCACUGUUGCGACUGCCAUGUGUUGACAUCCGUGCUAACGAGCUGACCCUUAUGGUCAUGAGCUCCAUUUUUGUAAUCAUACCAUUUAUUCUCAUUCUCAGUUCCUACAGUGCCAUUGUCUGGGCUGUGCUGAGAAUGCAGUCAACAAGUGGAUUUCAGAAAGUCCUUGGCACAUGUGGAGCCCAUCUUAUAGUUGUAUUUCUCUUUUUUAUUCCAGUUAUGUGCAUAUAUCUCCAGCCACCAUCUGGGAAAUCUCAAGAUCAAGCCAAGUUCGUUGCCCUCUUUUAUACUGUUGUCACACCUAGCCUUAACCCACUAAUCUAUACCCUUAGGAACAAAGAUGUAAGAGGUGCAGUAAAGAGACUAAUGGGGUGA